GAGAGGUUCGGGCUAUAGAGCUGAAAAUUUCCGAGUCAGCUUCGGGGGCUAUCGAUUGAGAGCAAACAGACGCUGUGAAGCAGCAUGGGGCAGCGGGCUCUAUAGAAACGGUUUAGCGAGCCCAGCCAACUGGCAGCUCUAAUACAAGCAAAGCACACACAAUCGCUCAACACGUAUGCUCGGCUCGUUUUUGCGACACAAACAAUACAAAGCAAACGCGUCAAUUGCACGGGCGCGUCCCUCUAGUUGUCCCCAAGGUACUGCGCAGAAGUAACUAGCUGUUUAUGUGCCCACAAUCACUUUUCUUACCAGCAACGAAGGCGCAGCAGGCCGCGUGAGCGGCUCGGGAAGCGAGCUUGCCGCCUGGCGGAGAGCUGUCCGGAGAGCGGGACACGAAUGCUUGGCGAGUCAAUAUGGAUGACAGAUUUCGCGCGCCCGUGGGUUCGUCCGCACUUGUGCUAACCGCCGCGCCACGCCAAAGCGCCAACGACGAAAACGUGGGCUUUUCCCUGUGCGGAAGCGCUAACACGACUGCGAGCAUUCGGAAAAGGCCCUGGACGCUUGCGGAGGAGGUCAUUUUUGUGCGCUAUCAUGCGGCUCAUGGCAACCAGUGGGCGCGCCUCAGUCAGCAUUUGUCCGGCCGCGACGCAACUGAAGUCAAGAACAUCUUCUACUCAUCACAGAGGAGCAAACACGUGAUGGCCCGCCGCGUCCUGCGGACGUACGCGCGCGCGGUCCAGUCAGCGGAAGACGACCCCGCCCGGCGCCUCGAGGGCUUUCGACUGGCGCUGCAGGUGGUUGGUGAGGUGCUGCAGACCGCCGCUUCCGACCCCUCGUCAGUGGCCGUGCGCACUGCCGCUGCUGCUGCCGCUGCUGCUGCUGCGGCUGCUACUGUUGUGUCGUCCCCAUCGGAACCCCUCAUUGCCCGCAGCACCCCUCCACUACACCAGCAGCAGCAGCAGCCACAACGGCCGCAACGGCAAGGCAGCCCAACCAGUAGUAGCGGCGGCGAUGACGACGGUGCCAGCGGGGCUGCGGGUCGCGGCGGGGCGGCGGUGCACACAAUGGCCGUGGCGGCGGAGGCCGCAGCGGCGGCGGUGGCGGCUAGUGAGGCUGCCGAGCAGUACCGGCGGAUGCUGCAGCAGCAGCGGCUGCAGGAGCUGUUGUUGUUCGGAGCGCAAAGGCAGCAGUCCGCCGGGGAUGAGGGACUAGGUGAGGAGAGGGAGGUGCAGAGGCAGCAGGCGCAGCAGCAGGCGCAGCAGCAGGCGCAGGGGCAGGCGCAGCAAGCGCAGAUGGAAAAGGGCGAGAUGAAGGUGGAGCAGAGCUCUAGCCAGCAGCGUCAAAACCCGAGCCAGGAGCAGGAGUGGCAGCGGCGGCAGCUGCUGUCGCCGCCGCGCCCAUCCCCUGCAAGUGCUGCUGCUGUGGCGGCGACUGCCGGCAUCGAUGCUACUGCUGCUGGAAGCAGCCCAGCUGCUGCAGCCACCUUGGCUGCUCCGCGCGAUGACGAGGAUGCAGGAAUGUUUUACCGCAGCAGCAACAGCAGUAGCUCCUCAGGACAGCUCAACAACAGUGUCGCUGCAGUCGCUGCCGCCGCUAGCGUAGCCAUGUGGCCUUGUGGCGGCGGCGGCAAGGCCAGCAGCACAGGCGGUGGCGACGGCGGCAGCCGCAUCGAAGCGGCCGUGCCGUGUGAAGGGGCAGCUUUACGCCACCAGCAGCAGUCGCAAUUGCUUAAGCCAGAGCCAAAAUCACCCCAGCAUCUGACACUUCUGCUGGAUAAUGCAGAGCACCAGCAGCAGCUGGAGCGCCUUCCGCCGCUAGCGUCACAGCAGCAUAUGCAGCAGUCACCACGCAUCCCAGCUUCAAGUAAUGCAGCAGCGUUGACAGCAGAGGCGCAGGCGGCACAGCAGCCCGCCGGCGCUGGGCGCGCGCAGCUACUGCUGGCAAACGGCGGCGGCGGAGAUUACGUUGCUGCUGGUGCUGCGGCUACUGCUUACGGCUGCCCCAAUGUGGAGGCUGCUGCUGGCGACAGGCGGCAGCAGCAGCACGGUGCCGCCACUGCCGCACACGACAGACUCUUAAUGCUCGCAGAGCUUGCAGCAGCCGCGUUGGGGUCGUUGCCGCGGGGCUCCUUGCCAUUAUUGGCGGAGCCCAAUGAGCAGCUGCACGUAACGAAUGAAGCAAAGCUGGCGUGCCUGCAGCGCCUGCUGCCGCGACGACCCGCAUAUUCUGAUGAUAGCAGCAGUGCGACGCUGGCGCACCGCAGCGGCCCACGUGCACCAUGGGCAGCAGCAGCAGCGGCGGUGUCGGGGGCAACUACUGCCGGGCAGGAGGCAGCAGGAGCAGCAGCUCCAGCCGCGGCCGCAGCCGCAGCUGCUGCUGCGGAGCCGGAGGAGCCGGAGGGCUGGCAGCAGCAGCAAGACGAGCUGCGGCGACGGCGAAAGCUGCAGCAGCUGCAGCACCUGCAGCGGCAGGUGCAGGUGCAGCAGCAGAGCGCGAUGCGGCUGCAAGCGCCGCCGCCGCCGGCUGCUGUGGGCGGCAGCCCUCGAAGCAAGGGCCAUGACGGAACGCAGCCGUACGGGGGGCAGCAGCAGGAGCUGCCGGCGGCAACAAAAACAGCAAGAGCCGCCGCCACCGCCCGCACUUGCAGACCGGAUGAAGCUGACAUCAAGACAGACCCUGUCGCGGCGGCAGCAGCACAUGCAAUAGAUGCUGUACAUGCUGCUGCUGCCGCCGCCGUUCCCGGCCUUGUUUCGGACCCUGAGUCUGGCGAGCCCGCUGCGGUCGUGAUGCUGGGCCCACGUGAACUCCUGCUCCUGCGUGUGUAUCGCAUGAUGAAGCAGAGGACAAGUGUUCACCAGCAGCGGCAGCUCGCAGAGCCGGCGGCACAUUCGCAGCAGGCAACGCAACCUCUCUUGCGGGAGCCACCGCAGCCGCAGCCGCCCAAACAUCAAGACAUUCACCCAGCAGGCCCACAACAGCGGUCACCGCAGCCACUUCAGGAGGACCGGCAGCGCAGAAGUGCAGCAGCAGCAGCUGCUGCUGCUGCUGCAGGGCGUGUAGCUGCUGGGGUGGAGGCGGCAGCGAGGCUUAGGCUGCUGAGGAUUCGCGAGCAGCAGAGGCGGGAGCAGCAGCAGCAGAUUCAGGAGCAGCCGCCGCCGCCGCCGAGUGAGCAGCAGAGGCGGGCGUGGCACGAGUGGAAUGCGAUGCAACAGAUCCCGCCACGCCCUCAUAUGCAGCCUCUGCACCAGCAGCAGCAGCAGCAGCAGCGCACUUCAUCGAAGCGGCCGGCGGCAGCAAUUGAGCCGCAGCCUACUGCUGCAGAGGCACCGAAGCGCCCGCGCCUGGCGUUGCUGGACCUUUCCCGCGACACCUCCACCGGUGCGCCGUCUCCCACGCUUCAGCAGCAGCAGCAGCCCCAUCCCGUGAGCACACACCAGCAGCAACAGCUGCGCCGCCGCAACAAUCCUACCCAGCUCGCCGCCGCUGCCACACAAAACGCUGCGCCGCCUGCUGGCGGCUUUGAACAGCGGCAACAGCAGCAGGCCACGCCGGCGCCGCCAUCGCCCCAGCCCCAGCCGGGCUCGCCCCCUGCUGCGCGCCCCUUCGACAUUGUUGACGCGGCACGCAAGGCAGGAGGCGGCGGUGGCGGCGGCGGCCGCAACCAACACUUGCUGGGCUGGGCUGCGCGGCUGCUGGCGAUGGGCCUACCCGAGCAGCUGGUAGCAGAGAUGGUGUAUCAGGUUGGGGCUGGGGGCCGGAUGGACAUGUAGGUUGUGUGACGCGGGCAGGCAUUUAUUGAUGUUGCUUGCCUACCUACCAUUUAUUAUGGUGCGUGCGUAUUUCGUGCGCUAGUCUCUGUCAUUUGGAGAGCUUGAUUGGUCCACGCACGCCAGUGACACAUUGCGUCGCAUGCAUGCACGUUACAGUUAUGCAUACGGUACAUUUAAUUGCUUGCACGCACGCACGAAUGUGGGCACGACCUGUACUGGCCACAGCAAUGCAUGAGUACAAGGCGGUGGCCGGGGGAAGUGAGGAAGCUGCUGGCUUGGUAGGAGAUUACGGCGCGGCUCUAUCUGUCAGGCGCUUGCAACUUUACAUGGGAGUUAAGUAUCUAGCUGGUGUCAGGAGUGGCUGGAGGUGUGCGAAGUAAAAGGCACCUCCGCUGGCGCCGGCUGUAUGUCAUCAUGUGGUCGCAGCACUUGCUUUAUUUCCCGCAGCACACUUGCUUGUCAAUGUUUCGCCGCGAAUUGACUCUAGCUUGGGUUACGUCCUACGGCUUUCGCUUGUAUUAGGAGCGAGGCUGUGCGGCCGCUGAAUUGAAGAAUAGGCCCAACAGAUUCACUUGCUGGAUGGGGGUGCAAUCAAGGCAAGGCGCGGCGUGUGACCUGCACGUGUCUUGCUUUUGUCAAACAAGCACACGCGUAGGAACACGCACGCCCUUCUUGUGUGUGUGUGUGUGUGUGUGUGUGUGUGUGUGUGUGUGUGUGUGUGUGUGUGUGUGUGUGUGUGUGUGUGUGUGUGUGCGUGUGUGUGUGUGUGUGUGUGUGUUUGUGUGUGUAUGUGUGUGCGCGUGUGCGUCGGCGGCGGAAGCAUUGUAGCACCUGUGCCGCUGACCGCUUUGCACCCUCGCUCGGCGCUGCACGCUGGUAUGUGAAUUCGGCUGCAGCAGAUGAAUGACCCAUGUGCAUCCUGCAAGACACUCCGUGCGUGGUGAGGUAUCACACAUCUCACGCAAGCAAUGACCCCAGAAAAUGUUGCGAGGGGAGGCCACUCAGUCAUCACAACUACUGCAUGUUACCCUGGAUGGGCAUGGGGUGCCACCUGCCACCUGGCGGCCAUUAUGAUUGGCUUGGAAUAGCGCUUGACGCUUGGUCGGUUGGUAGUGGUUGAUGACAUGAAGUCACGAAGAUCAGGAAUUUCUGCCAUCUAUGAUAUGUGUAUGCCGCGGAGUUGCUCAUGUGUGCAAGUGUGCGGCGGGUUGCAACUCAUGAACUGAUCAUGCUGCUGUCACAUGUUAGUGUCAUGUAUGGCGCGCACGUGUGCGGCUCCCAGGGCGUGUGGGGAUAUGCAUGAUGUGCUACUAAGCAGUAAGCUAUUCCUCAUGUGGGCAGUCCUGCUGUACAAACCAGCCCCGGCUAUGUCCGGGCGGGAGUAGUUUCAAAACCUUCAGCCUCAAACAUGCACCAACGUGGCGUGGGCGCAGCCCACUUCUCCCGUGAGAGGGGGAGGCGCCUUCACUUCUUGUCGGCAGCUGCUCUGACCUGGUCGUAUCACCCCGUGUGUUUUAGCCAGAGUGUGCGGGGUUUAUGUGUGGGAAACCCGCAUCAGAGGCCUGAGCUGCCCUGUGCCUGCACCGCAGCCAGGCUUACUUCAUUGCGAAGUGCAUGGGGUGGCACGCGGCUAGGGUGGGGAUGUACUUAUUCCUAUAAUAUAUGUAUUGUCGGGGCCAUGGCUGUGAAAGGGCUUCAGUGGGGCCUCCGGGAUGUAUGAGUCGUGUGUUUUGAGGUUGAGGCCGGGAUGUAUGGGGCCCUCGCUUUCAACUAGAGGAAGCCCAAUAAUAUUGAUUGUCAUGUAGUCCAAAUGUUGUAACAUAGCCCGAAG